UCAAUGUAUUUUAUAACCACUCAGAGAUGUCAACGUGUUAAAUAUUAAACCUGAAAAACGCUUAUGCGGCUUUUUAAUACAAAAAUUUCUUGACAGUAUUAUAGUCAACAUUCCUGAACGUAUGGUGACUUAGUAAUUGCUUUAAUUAACUGCAACAAUGUUUCAAAAGAGUAGCACAAAGUUAAUAAUAUAUGCAAUAGGCACUUUUGCCUGUUAUUUUUACUAUGGUGUAUUACAAGAAAAGAUAACGUGUGGAUUAUAUGGAGAAGGUGAAAAAGCCGAAAAAUUCACCCACGUCUUUGCCCUCGUAUGCUUCCAAUGUGUCUUGAAUUAUUUGUUUGCAAAAGCUAUUUUAACGUUUGUUAAACAAGGUGAAGAUUCGACGAGAACUGUUUACUAUGCAUCUUCCGCUCUCACUUAUUUACUUGCAAUGGUCUGCAGCAAUAUGUCUUUGCAAUUUGUUAAUUAUCCAACGCAAGUUAUUGCCAAAGCUGGAAAACCCAUUCCUGUCAUGUUACUAGGUGUACUUCUCGGCAAAAAGUCAUAUCCAUUGAGAAAAUACUUCUUCGUAUUAUUAAUAGUAUCAGGAGUUGCGAUUUUCAUGUUUAAAGAUGGAAAGACAUCAGCACAAUCUUCUAGUCAAAUGGGAUUUGGAGAAAUUUUAUUAUUACUCUCAUUGACAAUGGACGGUCUAUUGAGUGCAGUCCAAGAGAGAAUGAGAGCUGAACACAAAACACAAUCUUUACACAUGAUGCUCAAUAUGAAUUUUUGGUCCAUUAUAUUCAGUGGCUUCACAAUUAUACUCUCUGGCGAAUUAAUGAGAUUUAUUCUAUUUUUACAAAAGCAUCCAAAUAUAAUUGUGCAUAUUAUAAAUCUUGGUGCAACUGGCGCAUGUGGACAAUAUUUUAUAUUUUUAACAGUAGCCGAAUUCGGUCCACUUCCAUGCUCCAUUAUAACGACGACGAGAAAAUUUUUCACUGUCUUAGGAUCAGUUUUAUUAUUCGGUAAUUCCCUUCUACUGAGACAAUGGGUAGCGACUGUUUUUGUAUUCCUUGGAUUAUUUUUAGAUGCCAUGUAUGGCAAGAAGACUGCGAAAAAAGAAACUGUCAAGUAAUAUACAAGUAAGUUAGUGAAUUUAAUUUUUCACUCUUGCAAUAAUUCGAAAUAAAUAUAUAUAUUUUCGUGAUGAGAAAAAAUUUUCAA